AUGAGUCGUCAAAUCAUCUUCGGCAGCUGUCACCUAAUGGAGCAGAAAAAUAGCGACUUUGUAGCUCUCUAGCGACUGUCACCUGAUAGAGAGGAGCUGAAUAGAGGUGAGGUGUAUGUCAGGGAGCUUCAUCCUCAAGUCCACGCAGCAAGAGGAAGUUCUUUAUCACAUCUAGUACGCUCUUAGGAGGUGACAACUCGUCUCUUGGUAGAUCGUCUUCUUCCCCAUGAUGGCUUGUUCGUCGAUUAAUUAGAGAUGCUUUACUCGAUGAAUUUGCGAUCAUUUUAUCACAAAUCAUUCAACAAUUUUAGUAACAAUACUCCGCAAAUCACAUUGACGAGAUUUUUGACGAUGAUCUAGUGAUUUUGGUUGCUUAAUCCUUCACUGAUGAUCUGUAAGAAAGUCGUGAUAAUUAAAUAAAAAAAUAUGAGUUUUGGCUCUAAGAGGAUUUGAACCCGCGCCGGUUGCUCGCCCUUUCUAGAGAAGGUAUGACGUGGGUUUAGUCCUACAUUGCUUAUGCACCGAAUUUUUGGGCAAAUAUAUAGUAAUAUUACAUUUGAAAGUAAGUCUCUUUCUUGUGUGUGUAUGAUCACUCUUUACCCCACAGUCAAUUAGACACCAGUGACGUGAAAGGAGAGUGAUGCACAUGUGCCCCUAUCAGUCCAAGUCGCUCGAGCCCCUACUUACGGCUCCUCUCCGACUGCACUUUCGACCCGCUUGCGGGCCCAGCUAGCUAGCAAGUCCCUCCUAUUUUGCUUUAUUUUUAUUUUUAUUUCUUUUUCUUCAUUUAUCUCAAAACUAAGAUUGUAAAAAUCAUAAAAGUUCGUCUAAAAUCACAUAAUUACCUAAAAAUUCACGUUAAUCAAGUACAAACCACUUUUCACACUUUAACAUAAAUAUAAAUUUAUUUAUCAUGAGUUAAGGCUAAGACUAUUUUAUUUACUAAUUAUUAACUCAUGAUAAUGAAGACUUAUCACCUCUUCACUAAGAGGGAGAUGAGAAGAGAGAAAGAUAAAGAAAGAGUGAGUGCUCAAGAGAUAGUGGGAGGGAGGGAGAAGGAAAAUGAGUGAAGAGAGAGAAGAAAUAAGAGAGGGAGAAACAUGAAAAGACUCAAGUAUAGAGAUCAAAGAAGAGAUAUGAGGGAAUAUCAAGAACAAGAAGAUGAUAAUUGAUUGAAUUGCCUCAUAUCUUACAACAAGAAGAGUUGAUUGGAGACAACUUGCUCUCAAAUAAAAUGGAAAUCAAUCACAAGAUUGGGUACGUGCAUUGAGUCCAAGGUGUACAGCAAAGUAUGUGGUGCCAAUGUUAUCACACCACAAGAUAGGAGUUGGAGUUUUGGUGCCAAUUUCUUGAAGCAAAGAUUUCAACCAAUUUUGCAAUAGUAUUAGCUAAAGAUUUAUAUUCAGCCCAUGUGCUACAACAAGAAAUAGUUAACUAUUUCUUAGAGCUCCAAGAGAUGAGGUUAGGGCAAAGAAAAAUGAGAUAUCCACCAUUUGACCAAUAUAGUGAAGUGAUCUAGGACAAAAGGGCCCAAAAUAGAUCUUAAAAAAAAAAGAGCUACACAAGGGAUGGGGACUUAAUACCUGGAUGAUCCCAUGAUUUUAGGAGAAUUAGGAUCAUUAACUACCUAUUAUGUUAUCUAUUUCAAAGAAUCAAACAAGGCUUCUUAACUAGGGUUUGGACCACCAAUUUUUAACACAAGGGUGGCUAUCCUAUGAAUCUCACAAAUUUCUAAGAGUAAAGAUUUAAAAUAAUGACCAACUUCAUAAGAAAUUUGAUAACCAACACACCUUCACAAUAGAGAUUUUCAUUGAUUUUCUUGAUUCUUGUGACUUGAUAUCCACAAGCUUUGUUAGUGAUUUUGCAAGGUUCAGAUUGAUUGGUUUGCACCCAGGAGUGGACUAGUGUAAUUUGAAGUGAAUGGGCUAUUUGGGCCGGAGGUUAUAAAUGGGGUCCAGAAGUGAGGUGAAAUAAUAAAAUAAUAGUGAAAAGAAAAGAAAAAGUGGAGAGAGAAAAGGGGGCGGAAAGAGAGGGCGUAAGUAGGAGAGAGAGAGAGAGAGAGAGAGAGCGAGAGAGAGAGAGAAUGAGGGGGGUACGUGGCGAUGGCGGGAGAGAGAAGAAAGAGGGUUCUCUUGAGGACGAGAACCGAGGGUGAAUUUAAAUAUUGACUAAAGGGUGGAGGGAGAAAAUGGGGCAAAAUGAGAGGGUUUUGGCGGGAGAGAGAGAGAGCAGGAAGAAGAGAAGAAAGGGUUUCGGGUGGAUGGAGAGGAGGUGGAACGACGGUGACGAUAGGAAAGAAAAGAAAGGUGGGCUGGCAACGGGGUAGACGGCGAGGUGGAAGAAGAGAAGGAAAGAGGUCCUCUUAAUCCAAGAUGGCGAGCAGAAGAAGAUAUCCCUAAUCCAAGAGGUGAGCAAAAGAGAAUAGGAAUCCUAAUCCAAGAGGCGAAUGAGAGAGAAGGAACCUCUAAUCCAAGAGGUGGGAAGGAUAACACGAAUCUUCUUGAUUUCAAAUUCACUUCUUCCACUUUUCUUAAGUUUGAAUAUUUAUAGGAAAUAGAGGAAGGUAGUUAGAGAAGGGGUGCAUGGGUGAACCCUCAUGUUGACUCCUCGUGGAUCCACCGAAAGGAAUGAACCCUCAUGUUGACUCCAUCACAAAGUGUCAAUUUUAGAGCUGAAGAAUCCAAGAACAUGAAGAUGCAAAGUAAGUUUCUUAAAUCGUGUUCUUGGGGCCUGUUUUAAAAUCACAUAUUGAUUUUUGUUAGUGACAAACAUGGUUUGAAAUGAAAGGAUGCAUGAAGCCAUGAGGUUGUUCCAUGUAUACCAUUUCAUCUAAAUGACCAUAAAGAAAUACUUUUGAGACAUUAAGUUGGUGUAUAAUCUAUUAGUUACUAAUAGCUAAACCAAGUAGUAAUCUUACUAUGGUGAUUUUAAUGAUUGGACUAAAAGUAUCAUAGACAUCAAAUACCAAAUUGUUGACGAAGGCCUUUGAGAACCAGCCUAGCUUUAUAUCUUUCAAUUAGGCCAUCUACAUGAUAUUUAAGUUGAUAGAUCCAUUUGCGACCAAUCACAUUCAUAUUUGGUUGUCUGGGAACAAGAGACUAAGUUUCAUUUUGGAGAAAAGCAUAAAAUUUUGUUCUCAUGGCUUACAUCCAUAAUAGGUUUUUUGAGGCUUGAGAAAACAAGUAGGUUCCAAGGUUGUAAUAGUUGUAGUGUUAAGGUGAAGAGGAAGAGGAUACUUAGUAGACAAAGUAGUGAGAUGAGUGAUAAGAGCAGCAUGUGUAUAAAUGUCUCAUAUAGAUCGAGUGUGUGGAGGAGGAGAAAGAGAUUUUAAGUUAAUGGAAGUAGGUUCUACAGCAAUAAAAUAAGUGUUAACAAAAGUAGGUGAGCUUUGUGCAUCAAAAGAAGAAAUAGAGUGGUUUAGAGAAUUUUGAGGUUGAGAUGAGGUUAGAUCUAAGUGGUUGGCUAAAUGAGAUGUAGUUAAGUGUUGAGUUUGAAUCACUAGCUGAGGAGAAUCUAAGUGCUGAGUAAUGAUCCUAAGAUACCUUUAGUAUUAGACAAUUGUUGGGUUUCACAUGUAGAUAGGGAAGAUGAGUCAAAUAGAAAUACACUUUCAUCAAAUAGAACAUGAUGAGAUAUAAAAAGUUUUCCUAUCAAUGGAGACAGACAUCUAUAACCUAUAUAUAGUGAAUUGUAGCUAAGAAAGAUGUAUCUAUCAGACCUUUGGGUAAGUUUAUGAGGAAAAUAUGAUCUAAGAUUAAGAUAACACAAACAGCCAAAGGUACAAAGAAAGCUUUAAUUUGGAGGAGAAUGAAAGAGUUUUUCAUAGGGAGAUUUGUAUUUAAGAAUUGAGGUGAGUAGUCUAUUGAUGACUGACGUGACUUAGUCGUUGUAUAUUAAAUCACGCAAAUAUAAAAUUUAUAAAACUAGAAAAUACGAAUUUUCGGAUAUUUAGAAGUAUUUCUAAAUAAAUAUAUCAAUUAUAAUUCAAUAAAAAUUUCAAAAAUAGUGGUAAUUUUCCAAGUCAAUCACAGGGAUGUAAUAUAAUAUCUAGUAAUUAUUCAGAAUUUUUCUCAAUGAAUACGAUUUUCUAUGAAUUUUAUACUAGGAAAUAAAAAGGAAAUAUAUUUAAAAUUCACGAAAAAGGGAAAUAAGGGCGUGGAUGUUAGGAUGAUGUCAGCGCUAGGCGAGCGCGAAUCAGACAGAAACAGAGUUCCACCCGGCGAUUCUUACGUAAGUAAUUACGGACGAUUUAAUUGAUCAAAUUAAGAUUUGUAAAAGCCAGAAGAAUCGUAAUAGAACAAAGUAUAUUUUGGUAAAUUAAAAAUAUAAAAAUUAUCUCUAAAUGAAGCGUAAAGUAAAUUGAAAGUAGUAAAACAGAGUUCCGGCGUCAUGACAGCGAUGCGUCGGCGAUGCACCAGAAUCCUGAGCGUUCGGGAGGAUCGUCGUGCAGUGUCCACGGCCUCGAAGGCUCUCCUUGGACAAAGACGACGUGGGCAAUCUCUAGAUCUUCUCGCAAAGUCUAGAGAUCAAUGAAGUGGGUCGUCGAAUCGUCUCCGGCAGCUGUCACCCGGCGGAGUGGAAAAACAGCGACUUUGUGGCUCUCCGAUGGCUGUCACCCGACGGAGAGGAGCUGGAUGGAGGUGAGGUGCGUGUUAGGGAGCUUCAUCCUUAGGUCCGCACAGCAAGAGGAGGCUCUUCAUCGCAUCUGGUACGCUCUCAGGAGAUGGCGACUGGUCUCCCGGUAGAUCAUCCUCUUCCUGAUGACGGCUUGUUCGUCGAUCAAUCGGAGAUGAUUUACUCGAUGGAUUCGCGAUCCUUUUAUCGUGAAUCGUUCAGCAAUUUUAGUAGCAAUGCUCUGUGAAUCGCGUUGAUGAGAUUUUCACCGAUGAUCCAGCAAUUCUCGUUGCUUAAUCCUUCACCGGCGAUCUGCAGGAAAGUCACGAUAAUCAGAUAAAUAUAUGAAUUUUGACUCUGGGAGGAUUCGAACCCGCGCCGGUCGCCUGCCUCUUCUGAGGAAGGUGUGACGGGGGUUUAGUCCCACAUCAAUUGUACGCUGAUUUUUCGGGCAAAUAUAUAGUAAUGUUAGUCAUUAGCAAAGUCCCUUCUCUCGCAUGUACGACCACUCCUUGCCCCACAGCCGGCUGGCCACCGGUGAUGUGAAAGGGGAGUGGCGUACGCGUGUCCUGUUGGGUCCCCAAGCUAAGCCGCUCGAACCUCUGCUCGCAGCCUACUCUCUGAUUGCGCUUCCGACCCGCUUGCAGGCCUGGCUGGCCGACGGGUCCCCUUAUUUUGCAAUAUUUUUAUUUUUAUUUCUUGUUCUUCAUUUAUCUCAAAAGUAAGACUGUAAAAAUCAUAUAAAAUCACAUAAUUACCCAAAAAUUCACGUUAAUCAAUUGAAAACCAAAAAUCAUUCUUUAACACAAAUAUAAGUCUAUUUAUCAUGAGUUAAGGCUAAAACUAUAUUAUUUACUAAUUAUUAACUCAUGAUAAUGAAGACUUAUCAAUGAGGUAUGUUGUUGUAACUACUACUUCAUCUCGUAAGUUCUGAGGCAUAGAUGCAUAAUGAAGUGAAGAGAGAGUAGUUUCAACUAAAUGUCUAUGUUUGUGUUUAGCUGUUCUAUUUUGUUGAGAGUACGUGGACAAACAUACUUUAUGUUGGAUGCCAUGUUGAGUGAAGUGUUUAUGGAUAUUUCAAUAUUCACUCUCCAAUCAGAUUGAAAAGAUAAGAUUUAGGGGUAAUUUGAUAUUUUACUCAUUGCAGAAACUAAAUAAAAAUAGUAAAUAAUUCACUUUUACAUUUUAAAGGAAAUAAGCAUGUAUAUCUACUAAAAUCAAUUAUUUGAUGUAGAAAAUGAUAAUUUGUGAUUUUUGGAAACACAACAAGACUCACACAUAUAAUGUUUUGGAGGUGAAUAAUAGGUGAUCUAUAUUUGUUUAUGAUUUUACAAAGAAUGCAUAAAUUUGGGUGGCUUAAUCAAUUAUGUCAUAGUGGAGGUGCUACUUUUUUUACCAAGCACAAAUUGACAAGUGGUAGAGAUCAUUCAUGAGUUUUCCCUUGAAGAGUAUUUGCUUGUCAUUCAAUCCUUCCCCAAGCAAGAAGGAUGAAAUUCAACAAAUACAUUAUUAUUUAUGAUAAGUUUUCUAAUUGAUAGUAAAUUAUGAAUAAUAUCUAGGACAUGAAGAGCAUCUUUUAAUUUCAAUGGAUAUAAUUUAGAUUUGGUUGUUGAUGAGCCAUGAGAUAGAAUUUUCAAACCUAUGCCAUUGCCUAUAUGAAGUUUGUCAAAGUUUUGGUAGAUGGUAUGAUUAAGGAUAUUGUUGGCAUCAAUUGUGACAUGGUGGGUAGCACCAUUAUUUGGGUAUCAUGUAGUAGAUUGUGUAUGCUCAUGUUGCUCAGAAUAUACUACUAGAGAAGCUUAUGGUUUAAAAGGACAUUAUGGUUGUGUCAACUAGGCUUGUUGUGGUGAUUGAUUUUAAAUCCACUUGUGAAGCCUCUAUUAAAGCAUUCUUCGCAUUCAUGGUCAUGGUGACUGAGCUGCAUACAGAUUUAGCAUCCUGGUAGGCAUUGGUAUCCUCAGCCUCAUCCACCUUGACCAUCAUUUUGGUGGUAACCACGCCCCCAUCUUCUUGUUGUAGAGGCUUGGGUAUAAUUCAUUGAAGGAUAGAGUGUUAGAUUUUGAUUAUCUUGGAUGUUGUGGAAAGUAAAAAGGGCACACUCAUGGUUAUCCUUCAAAUACUUGAGUGGGAGAAGGGCCUUUACAUUUGACGAUGCCAUACUCAUGGUUGGCAAUGUGACUAGAGUCAUCAACAUGGUUGCCGCUGUUGAAGACGAUGUAGUGAUCACAUCUUGUGUCGUGUUGAAGGCCAUGAACUCUUCUAAUUGUUGUUGAAUGUAUAGCUCCCAUGAAAAGACUCAAGUAUAGAGAGAGAUAAGAGAUAGGAGAAGAGAUAAGAGGAAAUAUCAAAAACAAGAAGACAAGAAUAAAGUGAGGUUCAGUUUAUAUAGAGAAUUCAUGUAGUAGAAUUGGGCAAGGAGUUGUUGCUUUUAUUGAAACAUUGCUCUGAUUUGUUUGGGUUGACGGCUGGUGUUGUAGUGGUUUCUUAAUCUGUAAUGGCAUUUGUUUAAAUUAGUUGUGUCCUUAACAAAAUAGAGGGAGAAGAAGAGAUAGCAACUAAAAGAGAGAGAGAGAGAGAGAGAGAGAUAGAUAAACAAAGACAAAGGGAGAGAAAGAGAGAAGAAAGAAUGAGUAGUAGAAAGACAAAUCGGAUAUAUCGAGGAGAUCUGGAGAAAGUAAGAGAGUGGCACAAAAGUAAAAAAUAAGAGAGUAUAAUCUCACACGACUUAACAGGACUUAAUCGUUGUAUAGUAAAUCACACAAAUUUAAAAUUGAUAAAACUAAAAAUACUAAUUUUUAGAUAUUUAGAAGUAUUUCUGAACAAAUAUAUCAAUUAUAAUUCAAUAAAACUUUCAAAAAUAGUAUAUUUUCUAGGUCGAUCAUAAGGAUAUAAUAUAAUAUUAGGUAAUUAUUUAGAAUUUUCUUCAAAGAAUAUGAUUUUCUAUGAAUUUUAUAUUAGGAAAUGAAAAUAAAAUAUAUUCAAAAUUUAUAAAAAAAAGAAAUAAGGGUGUAGACAUCAAGAUGAUGUCAACACCCGACGAACGCGAAUCAAAUAGAAAUAAAGUUUCACCUGAUAAUUCUUACGUAAGUAAUUAUAAAUGAUUUAAUUGAUCAAAUUAAGAUUUGUAAAAGCUAAAAAAAUCAUAAUUGAAUGAAGUAUAACUUGGUAAAUUUAAAUCACAUAAAUUAUCACUAAAUGAAGUAGAAAUUAAGUUGAAAGUAAGAAAAUAGAGUUCUAACAUUACAGCCGUAAUAUGUUGACGGUGCACUAGAAUCCUAAGCAUUCGAGAGGAUCGUCGUGUAGUGUCCAUAUCCUCAAAGGCUUUCCUUAGACAAGGACGAUGUGGGCAAUCUGUAGAUCUCCUUGCAAAGUUUAGAGAUUAAUAAAAUGAGUCAUCAAAUCGUCUCUAAUGGUUGUCACCUGACAGAGUAGAAAAAUGACAACUUUAUGUCGCUCUAGUGGCUGUCACCCGAUAGAGAGGAAUUGGAUAGAAGUGGGGUGCAUGUCAAGGAGCUUUAUCCUCAGGUACGUGCAACAAGAGGAGGCUCUUCUGAUACAUUCUCAAGAGGUGACAACUUGUCUCCUAAUAAAUCAUCCUUUUCCCGACGGCUUAUUUAUCGAUCAAUCGUAGAUUCUUUACUUGAUGGAUUCGUGAUCCUUUAUCACGAAUCAUUUAGUAAUUUUAGUAAAAUAAUAUUCUACGAAUUACAUUGACGAGAUUUUCACCAAUUAUCCAAUGAUUCUAGUGGCUGAAUACUUCACCGAUGAUCUACAAGAAAGUCACGAUAAUCAAAUAAAAAAAUACAAGUUUUGACUCUAAGAGGAUUUGAACCCACGUCGAUUGCCUACCUUUAAAGCCUUUCGAGAGAAGGUGUGAUGUGAGUUUAGUCUCACAUCACUUGUGUGCUAAAGUUUUAGGCAAAUAAAUACUAAUAUCACAUUUUUAAGUAAUGACUCCCUUUCUCCGACAUGUACAACCACUCCUUACCUCAUAGUCGACUGGCCACUAAUGAUGUGAAAGGGGAGUGGCACAUGCGUGCCCCCAUCAAUCUUAGCUGCUCGAGCCUCUACUUGUGACUCCUCCCGACUAUACUUUCGACUUAUGACGUGACUCAGUCGUUGUAUAUUAAAUCACGCAAAUUUAAAAUUUAUAAAACUAGAAAAUACGAAUUUUCGGAUAUUUAGAAGUAUUUCAAAAUAAAUAUAUCAAUUAUAAUUCAAUAAAAAUCCCAAAAAUAGUGGUAAUUUUCCAGGUCGAUCAUAGGGAUGUAAUAUAAUAUCUGGUAAUUAUUCAGAAUUUUUCUCAAUGAGUACGAUUUUCUUACGAAUUUUAUACUAGGAAAUAAAAAGGAAAUAUAUUUAAAAUUCACAAAAAAAAGGAAAUAAGGGUGCGGACGUCAAGAUGACGUCAGCGCCCGGCGAACGCGAAUCAGGCGGAAACAGAGUUCGCCCGGCGAUUCUUACGUAGGCGAUUACAGACGACUCAAUUAAUCAAAUUAAGAUCUGUAAAAGCCGGAAGAAUCGUAAUUGAACGAAGUAUAGUUUGGUAAAUAAAAAUCAACAAAGUAUCACUAAAUGAAGCGUAAAUUAAAUUGAAAGCAGGAAAACAGAGUUCCGGCGUCGCGACGGCGAUGCGUCGGCGAUGCACCGGAAUCCUGAGCGUUCGGGAGGGUCGUCGUGCAGUGUCCACGGCCUCGAAGGCUCUCCUUGGACAAAGACGACGUGGGCAAUCUCUAGAUCUUCUCGCGAAGUCUAGAGACCAAUGAAGUGGGUCGUCGAAUCGUCUCCGGCGGCUGUCACCCAGCGGAGCGGAAAAACAGCGACUUUGUGGCUCUCCGGCGACUGUCACCCGACAGAGAGGAGCUGGAUGGAGGUGAGGCACGUGUUAGGGAGCUUCAUCCUCAGGUCCGCGCAGCAAGAGGAGGCUCUUCAUCGCAUCUGGUACGCUCUCAGGAGGUGGUGACAGGUCUCUCGGCAGAUCGUCCUCUUCCCGACGACGGCUUGUUCGUCGAUCAAUCGGAGAUGAUUUACUCAAUGGAUUCACGAUCCUUUUAUCGCGAAUCAUUCAGCAAUUUUAGUAGCAAUGCUCCGCGAAUCGCGUUGACGAGAUUUUCGCCGAUGAUUCAGCGAUUCUCGUUGCUUAAUCCUUCACCGGCGAUCUGCAAGAAAGUCGCGAUAAUCAGAUAAAAAUAUAUGAAUUUUGACUCUGGGAGGCUUCGAACCCGCGCCGGUCGCCCCGCCUCUUCUGAGGAAGGUGUGGGUUUAGUCCCACAUCAGUUGUACGCCAAGUUUUCGGGCGAAUAUAUAGUAAUGUUAGCUUUAUGAGCAAAGUCCCUUCUCUCGCGUGUACGACCACUCCUUGCCCCACAGCCGGCUGGCCACCGGUGACGUGGAAGGGGAGUGGCGUACGCGUGCCUAUCGGUCCCCAAGCCAAGCCGCUCGAGUCCCUGCUCGUGGCUUACUCCCCGACUAUGCUUCCGACCCGCUUGCGGGCACGGUUGGCCGGCGGGUUCUCCCAUUUUUGCAAUAUUUUAUUUUUAUUUCUUGUUCUUCAUUUAUCUCAAAAAUAAGACUGUAA